GUCGAGGGGUGGCCUGCGAGGACAGCCCGAGGGACAGGGGCGACCCAAGGCGACGGGGACAGCUGUCGGCGGAGCGGGUCCCGGCGCCAGCGGCGCUCGACGGGCCACCUGGGUGCGCCCAAAGCCGAGGGCCGGGCCGGGCCGGAGUCGGGACGGCGGGGAGGAAAAGGCCGAAGGGAAGGAGAGCUUAGUAUAGGGGCCCACGGGCGCGGGGACCAGAGGAGCCAUGGUGGCAGAGCCGCAUCCCCUGUGGGGAGGGCGGCGGGACUCGGCCCCGGCGCAUCUGAACGGGGGAAUCGGGUCUGAGAACUGGGCUCGCCUCCGCCCGGCCCGAAGCUGUCCGGCCACGUCCACAGACUCCUGCCACCUCCCUGGUUGUAGGGCAGGUGCUCAGACCUCAGCGAUCGCCGCCUUGACUUCCGUGGUGGAAAAACCUACGACAGAUGAGCAAGGACUACCAACAAGUGCUGCUGGAUGUCAGGCGGUCCUUACGGCGGUUUCCUCCUGGUCCAUGAAGAGAGGAGAAUUGCUGACAGAAAAUCAGUUGCCAUGGCAAAUCAGCAUGCCAAAAGAACAGAGAGAAGGGCUCCAGGAAGAACUGAUCGACAUCAUCCUCCUCGUCUUGGAGCGCAACCCUCAGCUGCAUUACUACCAGGGCUACCAUGACAUUGUGGUCACAUUUCUGCUGGUGGUAGGAGAGAGUCUGGCAACAUCCCUGGUAGAAAAAGUAUCUACCCACCACCUCAGGGAUUUCAUGGAUCCAACAAUGGACAACACCAAACAUAUAUUAAACUAUCUAAUGCCCAUCAUUGACCAGGUGAAUCCAGAACUCCAUGACUUCAUGCAGAGUGCUGAGGUUGGGACCAUCUUUGCCCUCAGCUGGCUCAUCACCUGGUUUGGGCACGUCCUGUCUGACUUCAGACACGUGGUGCGGUUAUACGACUUCUUCCUGGCCUGCCACCCCCUGAUGCCCAUUUACUUUGCAGCUGUGAUCGUGUUGUAUCGAGAAGAGGAAGUCCUGGAUUGUGACUGUGACAUGGCCUCGGUUCACCACCUGUUGUCCCAGAUCCCUCAGGACCUGCCCUAUGAGAUGCUGAUCAGUAGAGCCGGAGACCUUUUUGUUCAGUUUCCCCCAUCUAGACUUGCUUGGGAAGCAGCUGCCCAACAGGAAGCCAACAAAACGGCAGCCUCUACCUUCAAAGACUUUGAGCUGGCAUCCACCCAGCAGAGGCCUGACAUGGUACUGCGGCAGCGGUUUCGGGGACUGCGGACUGAGAAUCGGACAAAAGACGUCCUGACCAAACCAAGGACCAACCGCCUUGUGAAACUGGCGGUGAUGGGGCUGACGGUGGCACUUGGAGCAGCCGCUCUGGCUGUGGUGAAAAGUGCCCUGGAGUGGGCCCCUAAGUUCCAGCUGCAGCUGUUCCCCUAAAUGCCAGAGAAGAUUCUCCCUCUGGCAUUACGUGAAGGUCUCGCCCUUCCAUGGAAGGAUGGGGAGGGGUGGGAUGUCCUUUAUUAAAAGGGUUUCUGUCAAGGGUUUUGUAUUCCUACCACCCUUCCCUGCCACUCCGUGGUUUGCCUUUGCUUCAGAGGCCAGUAGCAGAACCUGUGUGACACUGGGCACUUGGGGCCUGGGCAUAGAGCUCUCCUCCUUCACAGGGGGCUUCGGAGUGCUCUCACUGCCUCCUCUUGUGUUGGAGGAAGUGGGGUUUUAGCUCCCAGCUGCCUUUGGAACCUGCUGGGCCUUGUCUCUGGGACCUUUUGGCUGCUGCCUGGUAGUAAGCUGGACCUUUGAAUACCCGCCUCACAGCUCCUCCUGUUCUGUCUGCUUUGGCCAAAGAAGUCGGACGGUAGAAUGAAGGCAAGGGGGCAGAGAAGCUAGCCCAGGAAUAAGAUUGGCCCCUGUUAAGAGCAGCUCUAUUAGCUGGUCAGAAAUCAAAGAGACAGAUGGGAACUAGGUUACUGGGUAACUCCUACUGCUUUUCAGUCUAGAAAUCACAGUAUUUUCAGACAAACAGGAAGGAAUGUUAAAUUGUAGGGCCCAGACAUAGACUGGUUUUGCCUACCUUUUUUUUUUUUUUUUUUUAAUCCUCACCCGAGGAUAUUUUUCCAUUGAUUUUUAGAGAGUGGAAGAGAGGGAAAGACAAAUAUCAAUGUGAGAGAAACACAUCGCUUGGUUGCCUCCCGCAUGUGCCUUGACCAGGGCCCGGGCUGGGGAGCAGCCUGCAACCAAGGUACGUGCCCUUGAUUGGCAUGGAGCCCGGGACCCUCUGGUCUGCAGGCUGAUGCUCUGUCUACUGAGCCAGACCAGCCAAGGCAGGGAUUUUUUAUUUUUAAUCCUCACUCCGAGGACAUGUUCCUUGACUCUAGGGAGAGAGGAAUGGAGAAGGAGUGAAACAUCAAUGUGAGAGAAACAUCAAUAGGUUGCCUCCCUCACUCGCCUUGACUGGGGAUCAAACCCGCAACCUAGGUGUGUGCCCUGACCGGGAAUCGAAUCUGUAACCCCUUUGGUGCACGGGAUGAUGCUCCAACCAACUGAACCACCCAGCCUGACUUGUCUGCCUUUUUUUUCCCCCACCUAUUCUCUUCCACAAGCCACACAACGUUGCUUUAAAAAAGAUACUUUUAUUACUAUUUUUAGAAUUAUGUAAUACCCAAUAUAUAAAGCAGCCUCGCUUUAAAAAUAAUAGUUCCUUCAUGGAAAAAAAUAGUUCCCAUCGGAAGGAUGAGCUGCUGUUUGGAAACUGGCCCACACUCCCAAAGUGCCCUCCUUGUGUCUCCCUUUCCCGUCUCCCUCAGAUCACCUGUCCAGUCCAAACAGGCACCGACUCACUACCAGGGCUUCGUUUGGGGGUUUGACUUAUCGCCUUCACUGCGGUCUCUCCUUCCCGGUUGGAAAUGUCAGUGGAGACGUUCAGCACCCAGAAAGGGACAGGCUGCAGCCUGAAGGGCGGCAGGAGCCGGAACAGGCCGCUCCUCACUGUGGCCUGAGGCAGCAGCCCUGGACAGCUUUUCCUGUGAGCCACGCCAGCUGUUGUAGACAAGCUCCGGCUUGGAAAAAAAGUGCCUUUUGCUUUAGAGAAUCGGGGUAUAUAGUGUGAAGCAGCCAUGCACUUGUACUUUCAUGGUCUCUCCAGCACUGUUCUGUCUUGACAAGUGUUUUAAUGUGAACAUGUCAGAAGCACUCUAGCCACUCUGCUCAGACCUCCCCUCCUUCCCGUGUGCCCUGUGUGCAGAGUGGAGGGCAUGCAGCGUGCCAGGCAGCUGGCAAGCCCAGAGACAUUAGGAGAGGCGUCUAGACUUAAGUUACGCUCAGCACUUUAGAACCAAAAAAGCUCAGUGACGGGUCAUUCUCCAUAGCAGGAGUCCCACCUGGGGUGAGUGUGGUGUGGAUGGAUUAAUCCAGAAAGUGGAAGAUACAUCAAGACAAAGGAAAUUCAGGAUCCAGAGGUGGUGAUGUGACAGAUACUCCCAGUCUUCUCCCUCAGCAAGUUUGUCCUCUUGUUACAAAUGGACAGCAGCAGCAGCACCUCCUGCCACAGCACUCGGGCCUGUCUGUAAUACUGAAGGAAUUGAUGGGGAGAGGGAAGGAGGUGCAUACGAUCAGGGUCCCGCGACCACAGCUUUUUGGAACCCAGGAAGCAAGUGGCAUUUGCUUCAGUUGUGGCCUAAGAAGGAACAAGUUCAUUUGUGUGAUAAGCUUUGCUGACAUCAGGAUUCACCUUGUCGAUGAGAAGAAACCAUUAUCUUUUUAUCUUCAGGUGGUUUACUAUUCUGUAAAGAAUAUCUGUAAAUACUUUGUACAGAGCCAUGUAUGAAAUACACAGCCAUAUGUGGUUA